CUCAGCGCGGGCACCCGUUUACACCUACGAAUGGUGUCUUUCUGGAUCUUCCCUGGACUCUGCUCAGACCCUGGUUGACCCCCUCCCCCGGGUCAGUGAAACCUGGGAAGGCGACCCCGCAGCCCAGCAGGGACAGCCGGGAAACAGCCCUGCUCAGGGAACUGGGCUCAAAUUCAAUACCGGCUGAUUCAACACACUGGCCCUGCAGACAACGCUGGGACCGUGAGGCUUUGACUCCUUUCCAUGGCAUGCCCCCGAAACCUGGCCUCCAAGAUCUUCUGUUCAUGCUGCCGAGACUCCAAAGAGACCUCUUCCACAGACGACUCCUCAAUCUCCAGUCAAAUGCAAGAGCAGCAACCUGGUUUGCAGGCAAGUGAGCUUGACCGACAGAACCCUACUAGUAAGUACACUAGUGCAGCCUCCAGCUUGCCUUUGGGACAAUCCAUGAUCCAGUCAGAAAAGGACUCCUGGUCUAGCAGCAGUGAUUUUGAUGAUGUUCCCCAAAGAGGUUUUCAAAAGAGAAACCUAGACCGCUACUCGCAGCUUCAGUGGCCAUUCCAGCCGUGCCUCAUUGGGAGACCCUGAAGAUUCUAGGUGGGGACCCCACCCAGGUCUCCACUGCAGGAAUGUCUCCAGGAGGAAGAGGGGGUGCACAGGGGCCAUGAAGACUGAUUCAGAAACUCCCCACUGGAGGAGAAGAUGUCGGAGCCAUCCCUGUGAGCCAGCAAGUCACUUCAGCUCCUAAGAAAACCACUGUGGGGGGAGCUGCCUCCAAUUAAAGUCCUUGGUCACAUCGCA